AUGGCGGCAAGUUAUUUCCAGGAUUUAUUGAACAAGUCAGAAAAGGCCCUUUAUGAUGCUUUUCCAAGUAUGUACGGAGAAUUGUACACUCAAAACAUGAAGGUCUUCAAAGACUUGUACAGCGAGCUACGCCGCUAUUACCGGGGCUCCAACAUCAACUUGGAAGAGGCCCUCAAUGAGUUCUGGACACGCUUGCUGGAGCGGCUCUUCAAGCUGAUGAAUCCCCAGUACCAUAUCACAGAUGAGUACCUGGACUGCAUGGUGAAACACGCAGAGCAGCACAAACCCUUCGGGGAAGUUCCCAGGGACCUGAAGGUGAAGGCAACCCGAGCCUUCAUUGCGGCACGCUCCUACGCGCAGGGCUUUCUUGUGGGCAGCGACGUGGUCAAAAAAGUGUCUCAGGUAUCUCUCAGCCACGAGUGCACUCGCGCCAUCAUGAAGCUGAUGUACUGCCCACACUGCCGGGGCAUGUCCAGCGUGAAGCCGUGCAACAACUACUGCCUGAACGUCGUGAAGGGCUGCCUGGCCAACCAAGCGGACCUGAACACCGAGUGGAAGUACCUGAUGGAUUCCCUGGUAGUAGUGGCUGAUCGGAUCGAUGGACCGUACAACGUAGACACUGUAAUAGGGACCAUUCACAUGAGGAUCGCCGAAGCUAUUUCUAACUUGCAAGAAAACAAAGAUUCGAUCACAGCCAAGGUUUUCCAAGGCUGUGGAAAUCCUAAAAUCAGCACAAAAGGUUCCAGCAGCGAGGACAAGAAGAGGCGGGGGAAGGUGGCGUUGGAAGCAAAAUCCUCUGCACAAGCCCUGGAGAUGCUGGUUUUAGACGCCAAAGGGAAUCUGACAGCUCUCAAGACUUACUGGAUCACCCUGCCUGGCAGCCUGUGCAGCAAAAAAGUAAUGACCAGCUCAGUGGCAGAUGACAAGUGUUGGAACGGGAUGACCAAGGCCAGUUACCUGCCUGAAGUGAUGGGGGACGGCUUAGCUAAUCAGAUUAACAACCCGGAGGUGGAGGUGGACAUCACCAAGCCAGAUAUGACCAUUCGCCAGCAAAUCAUGCAGCUAAAGAUCAUGACAAACCGGCUGGGCAACGCAAACAUCGGGAAUGAUGUGGAUUUCCAAGACGCAAGUGACGACAUGAGCGGCUCUGGGAGCGGUGACAGCUGUCCUGAUGAUGUCUGUGGCAAAAGACUUUCUAAGAGCCCCAGCACCAGGCAGCCAGAAACACACGCUAUUCCUAAGCAGUCUGGACACGGCAUCAGUGGGGCCAGCAGCAGAUCUUUGCCUUCUACCUUCCUCCUCUUCCUUUCGGUGGCUUUCAUUGCCGCGCAGCACUUGUGGCGGUAACUCACUAGCACAGCCAGGAAAGAGACUGCGGCCGAGGGCUUCACUUUGCCAAAACCAACCAACCAACCAACCAACCAACCAAUAUAUUUAAUUCACCUUGGCAAAAAAAAAAAA